UUUAUAGAAACCAAACCAGAAAUGUAGGAAAUGGCUGCAAUCCAACACAGGAUGAAGUGAAGAAGAAGAAGAAGAUGGUGAGAGUUAAGAAUUUAGCAUUAACAAAAUGGAUUGCACAUCAUAUAUGGUCAAAGUGUUAAAAAUAGAAUAAAAAAUACAACACUUUAACCAUCACCCACCCACUUCAUACACUUCCUCAAAUCACAGAUAGAGAGAGACACAAACGUGUGUCAUGUUCUUUGUGUUGGCAGUUUUCUUUCCUUCACCGAGAAACACUCCUUAGCUCUAUCUUCUUGCUCAAUCCUCUCCCCUCCAAUCCAACUUCUCCUUCAUUCUCUCUCUUUCUUCCCGUAUUCUUCUCCCUCCCAUAAAUUCACGCGCACCCAUUUUCUUAUCCGCCCACACAGAUCCAAAAUUAUUCUCCUUUUCACCAUUCCACGCUAAUUUCUCAACUGGGUUAUCCAAAUUCAAAGCAUUACUUUACUAAUUAACGCAAACCUAAUCCCAAGUUCCCGAUUUUGGCUUUUUGGAUCAAAAUCUUCGACCCAUGUCGCGACUCUUUGGUAGAUGGAAGAAGGCGAAGGAAAUGGCGUCGCUUUCGGGGUUUCUGCCACGUGGGCACCAGCGAAUCGGGUUAAAUUUUUGCCCAAUUUCGACCCAGCUGAAUAUGAUAUCCGGCCACCGGCGGUGGGAGGCUCAGGUGGGGGUUCAGGAGCGGUAUAAGUGGGACCGUGGCGGGUCGGACGACAACCCGACCCGGAAGAUCCGGGCUGAGGCUAAUUGUCCACGUUGUACUAAGGACAUGAACCUUGUUUUCUCUAAUCGCCAUUUUCCCACCCCACAAAGUGAGUCUAAUUCUGAAUUGGAUGGCGAGGGAGAGAGAGAAAAGGGUUACCAAGCGGUUAACCUUUGUCCGAGUUGCAAAACUGCUUAUUAUUUUCGCCCUUAUGACACUACACCUUUGCAAGGUACUUUCGUGGAGAUUGGUAGGGUCAGUAGCACUAACAAUAAUGGUCUUAAUAAUGUAAGUGGUAAGGGACAUUCAACUAGGAGGAUCACACAUGGGAAAGGUGGUGGCAAAGAAGGUAGUAGUAGUACUAGUAGGGGUAUUCAUGGAGGAGAGGAAUCUGGCCCUAAGAGUAAUAAUAGUGCAAGUAAAUGGCUUGAAGUGUCAUUGUGGGAGACUUUGAUGUCAUACAAUGGUGGUGGUGGUGGUAAUGGUAGUAAUGGGGAGCCACCUGAGUCGUGGCCUGGUGUUAAUGGGAAUGAGAAUGGGUUGGCUGUGCAUACUCCUCCAGGGCCACCUUUUGCACCUGGGAUUAAUGUUAUCCGGGCUACGGGGCCGCGGAAUGGUGGUUCAGAUGGUGGUGGAGGCAAUGGUGAGAAGACUGCCUGGGGAGGGUCUAAUUUGGGGAAGGAUUUGCCCUCACCGAAGGAGAUAUGUAAGGGUCUUGACAAGUUUGUUAUUGGCCAAGAGAGAGCCAAGAAGGUGCUUUCUGUAGCUGUUUAUAACCACUAUAAAAGAAUAUACCAUGCCACUUUACAGAAAGGGUCAACUGUAGAUUCAGAAGUAUUAGAUGAUGACGAUAAUGUGGAUCUAGAAAAGAGUAAUGUUCUCUUGAUGGGUCCAACAGGUUCAGGGAAGACAUUACUUGCCAAAACACUGGCUCGAUUUGUGAAUGUGCCUUUUGUCAUUGCUGAUGCAACAACCUUAACACAGGCUGGUUAUGUUGGAGAAGAUGUUGAAUCAAUAUUGUACAAACUACUAGCGGCAGCAGAUUUCAAUGUUGCAGCAGCUCAACAAGGAAUAAUUUACAUUGAUGAAGUUGACAAAAUAACUAAGAAGGCUGAGAGCUUAAAUAUCAGCAGGGAUGUUUCUGGUGAGGGUGUUCAGCAGGCAUUAUUAAAAAUGCUGGAAGGAACUAUAGUAAAUGUUCCUGAGAAAGGAGCCAGGAAGCAUCCAAGGGGGGAUAACAUUCAGAUGGACACAAAAAAUAUUCUUUUUAUAUGUGGUGGAGCAUUUAUCGAUCUUGAAAAAACCAUUUCAGAAAGACGACAAGAUUCUUCAAUUGGUUUUGGAGCACCAGUUCGUGCCAAUAUGAGAACUGGUGGAAUAACAGAUUCUGUAGUAACAUCAUCUUUACUUGAGUCCGUGGAAAGUGCUGAUCUUAUUGCGUUUGGCCUCAUACCAGAGUUUAUUGGACGAUUCCCCAUCUUAGUCAGCUUGUCAGCUUUAACUGAAGACCAACUUAUGAUGUUUUGUAUAAAUUUUAAUCAAUGGGAAAAGGUGUUAGAAAGGGUGUGUCUGAUAGGAUCCUCGAGCCCGAUUUUGAUGAUGAGCAAGAAUGGGAUCAGUUGUUGGACUUAACUCUGAAAAAGCCCAUCACAUGAAAGUAUACUGUAGAAGGAAGAAAGAGUGUUCAAAAGACAGAAUUAGUUAGUGAGGUGGAACACAGUUACUGCAUUUGCAGAAGGAAUUCUAUUAGCAUUUCUGUUUUACAGCUUACUUCAAUAGAACAGCAGGGGAACGAGGGAAGGCAGAAAAGAAUAUUAAACAAGGGUAGUUUGGUAGGUGUCUCUCUGGAUAUGAGUCCUAGGCUCUGGUUUAUCUUUUUCAUUGAAUGCAAUAACUAUGGUAGAUUCUCUUUUUCAUCAAAUAAUACGGUUGCAGUGAAAUCCUUGUUGGGGUUUCCAUCAGUGGCUAUUCCUCCUCUCUCUCCUCUCUCUCUCUCUCUCUCUCUCUCUCUCUCUCUCUCUCUCUCUCUCUCUCUCUCUCUCUCUCUCUCUCUCUCUCUCUGAGUACAUAUAUAUAAUAUAUAAAUCUUAAAAAUGGCCUGAACUGGUUUUUAUUUAUAAUUAUAGCAAAAUUGGAAGAAGUUCCUCAAGGUAGUUAUAACAGUGAGAAGACUUGAGUAUUGUGGUGUGCCCAAAUCCCAUACUGUGUAGUAUGGGACUCUCGGUAGAGUAUUUUAAGUGUGUGGUUCUUCCUCCUUAAUAGCUGGCUUUUGAGGGUGGAUUCCGCAAGUACUUGAUACUUAGCAAUAGUUCUUUGAUUGUACGAUUUCCCUAAUUGCGUGACUGUCCUAUAGUUAUUGAAACACCCAUCUAAAAAAGGUGAUCUCUUUUUAUUUGAUGUUGUUGUUGAUGUUGAUGUUGACACUUUAUCCUCUCUUUUCAGUUAUAGUAAAGCAAGGAUAUUGAAACGUUUUUGGGAAACUAGAAAAGAUUUUGAAAGAUGGGAAUCCCUUUCUUUCUAGUAUGUUCCUUCAUAUUUAGAUUUUGAAAAUAUAGUCAUAUGACUAUUGGGU